AUGAGCGCGAGAGAAGUCACCCUCUACGGCGGGUCCCCGUGGGGCUUCCGCAUGCACGGCGGCUGCGACACGCAUCAACCCUUGCGCAUCUCCAGGGUGAAUCCAGGAAGCAAGGCGGCUCAACAAGGGGUGAGAGAGGGUGAUUUCAUCAGUAAUAUUAACGAAAGAAGCACUCGAGAUCUAACCAACAGCGAGGCACACGCUCUAUUACGUAAUUCUGGGGAACAGUUGAAACUCGGUCUCAACCAAGAAAAUAUCGGCUCGCCGAAGAGGAGGAUCUACAGGAGCAGUCUGCAAGAGAACACCACUACCGAAAUUCAGAACAAGAUCACCACAAGGACCACAACGACGACGCGCACACGGACGGAGUCGGAGAGGAACGUUGCCAAUGACACAAAAGUCGAACAGAGCUACGCCAAUCAAAACGGUGCUCUGAAGAGCUGCCCGAGCGAGCAACGAAGCGACGCUAAGAAAGCCGUCGUCUUUAAACGCGAAAAUAAGGGCGCGUCAAACGCACGUACGUGGCCGUGUAAGAAAAAUUCCGAGUCGGGAAACUCGUGGCGGAUAUUAGAUAAAAGAGAACGAAGAGAAACAGAAAGCGGAGAAGUUACCGUAAAACGACCGCGAUGCGAUAUUUCCGACGAGAAUUCUACGAGAGAAGAGAAAGAAGAAGGCGAGAGAGAGAGAGAGAGAGAGAGAGAAAGGGAGGACGACGUGCGAGAACGUGCGCUACGAGUUUUUCCACAAAUUCGCGACAUCGUAGGACACUGCGAUCUUCCGGAUUACGCAACCGACGCGGAGGACUGCUCCGUGAUGCCGCAGGGCAAUGCGCGCAACCGCAACCGCAGCCGCAGGAAUCGAAACCGAUGGCGAGCACCUCCUCCGCCACCGACGAACGUUACGGAAUCCUCGCGAAAGGCCGAACAGAAGAAGCUCGAGGAAGAGAAUCGUCCGACCUCGAGGAACAUGCGCGACAACGGCGAUGACGACGACGACGAUGACGACAAUUCGAAGACGAACGACUCCGUUACGGAGAAUCCUGUUUCGGAGAAUGUCAACCCGACCGAAGACGAGUUCGUUCGGGGCGGAUCCUCGUUGAAUCACGGAUGCAGAUCUCGACCGAACGAUAAGCUCAGAAUCGAGAAGAUCGAGCUGGCGGAAUCUCGUCCCAGGAUAAUCGAGAUCACGACCGUCAGCAGUUUACCUCUGGAAGCGACGAUCGGCCAUAUCGCCGGGGUGGGCAUUUUGGAAGCCGGAAAUGGCAACAGAGCGUUGAAAGAAGCGACAAUAAUGACGGUAUCGGAACCGGUGGAAUCGGUACGGCCGUUUUUUAGUUAUACGAAGACCAGACUCUCGCAAGAGAAUGGAACUCGAUUGGAGAUCCGAGAAGUCAACGACAGCGAUGCGGAGGUGGUCGAUUGUGGGUCAGCAAUCGUCGAAUUCGAAUCCGACGCGGAGAAGGAAUCGGUCGGUGGACAGGACUCCGAGGAUCGCGUGGAAUUCAAGCCGAGGGAUCGGAUCGGGCAGCAAUACAUGCCACAGAAAAUGUUUCCCAAACCGGAAGUGGAAUCCCCCACUCUGAUGUGGGCCACGGUGAUGCCUAAAGAUGUGGAGAAAAAGUUACGAAAUUUCAUCGAGGACCUUCAACUGCCGAGUUUCUCUGAAGAAAUAAUCGAGGAUGAGGGGAGAUAUCUCGAGAAAGUUGCGUGCGACUUCACGGUAGAAGAAAGCAGAUCCUUCGAGAGAGCAGUUAGCUCGCCACGUCGGAAAACGAGGAAGCGCGCGAUGUCGGCGUCGCAUUACGCCAGCAGCUUUCUGGAUAUUAUACAAGAGGAGGGUGACAGAUUAUCGGAGGACGAGGCACAGCAUAUCAGAGAUUUCAUAAACGAGGAAAUCAGCAAGUAUCGGCGCGAGGACAGGCAUUCUAUCGAGAGGGUGACAUCGACGGUGAACCUCGAAGCGAAGAAGCUUGAUCCUGAGAAGAUUGAAUCGGCCGGCGAGAAGUCGGAAUGCGAUAUUAAGAUUAAAAUUGAUACGACGGAGAAUAACACUUCGGAAUUAUAUUCACGCGAUAAAGCAAACACUUGCGAGGAGAUUGAAAACGUCGAGUCUAAUUCCGUUAAAAGCAUCGCGAAUUCUGAUACUGAAGUAGCAAAAGACAUUAAUCCCGUAACUGAAACGAUGAGCGAAAAAAUAAAUGCGAACAAUCGCGAGAAGAUCGUAAACGUCGAGUCUAAUUCGGUUGAAAAUGUAGCGAGUUUUGAAACUGAAGUAGUAAAAGAUCCUGAUCCUACGACUGAAACGAUGAACGAAAAAAUGAAUGUCAAAGACGAUACUCCAAAUGAUGAAUCUUUGGAAAUUUUAACAGACGCGACGCAAGCUAAUUUAAACCCCGAGGACCGUUGUAUUGUUGAGGAAAUUGAGAUUGUGAAAAACGAUACUACGCAAGACAGCGAGGAAAAUAAUGAAGCGAAGAAGUUAGAAAAAAACGCGACAAGUAUUGUGACUGUAAGUGAUAUCAGUGACGCAGAUGUAAGUAAAACGGAAGAUAAUAAAUUUUCGUCCGCAGUCGAGGCACCUGCAAAAUCAGACAACCGCGAUGUUCCUCGAAAAGAUUCCAUCGAGACUCGCACGAUCGUUAAUCACAGCGUAUCACGAGUGGACGGCAGAGUUGAUUCAGCCUCGGCUUCGUCAUCGAGCGAAGUAACCCUGUCGGAAACGAAGCGACCGCCGCCUCUACCGAGGAGGUCAUCCAGUUUCGGCCGCGAGCCUCAGAGACCGCCGACGCCACCUGAAAUAGACUAUAUCUCGAGUGGCGCGAAGGUUCAUCAGACGUUUGUUGCGGCGAACGGCGACGGACGCGAAUACGAGUCGACGAAUUUAUCCGCGCGGAAGCGUGCGAGUCGUGAAGCGGCGGACGACGAACUGCCACGACGGCCGGAGCUUCCCGCAGCUUGCAAGAGUUCUUGCACGUCGAGGACCGGUCGGGCAAUUUAUGGCGAGGAUUUUUCGUGCUCGCGUGAUCUCAUCUCGACAAUUGUUCGCGCUAAUGAGAUUCGUGGCCGUAUAAAUCAGGUCAGACGCGUCGACACCGUUCCGACAACCGACGGAUACGCUGAAACUUCGUCCGAGAGCGGUCGAUCGAUCGCGUCAUCGGGUAUUCGCGACGAUGAUCUGUCACGCUCGCGCUGCACCGGCACGCACGUCGUCACGUUGGCAAGCACGACGAGCACGGAAAUAACGCGUCGCGAGGAAGGGAAGCCCGCGACGCCUGCUGCAUCAGUGGCAUAUGAUCAAAACGCGUCGUCGUGCCGGCAGGAGGGUGAAGCCGAGGUGUGCAGAUAUCCUUCGGGUCAGGAGAAACACACGAAUUCGGAAGGAAGAGAUUCUAAGGUGAAUCCCGAAUCAUCGAGGUACAAUCAAUCAGAUAGUCGUUCGAAUUUUUCGGUGAAAGACAAAUCGACGAUGGGUACGUCGAGUUCAAAGAGCAAGAAAAAACCCGAGGGAAAAACCGAGAAGAACGAGAAAUCGACAUCCGGCUUUCACCGCGAACGAACAGUGAAGAGCGAGACGUCGGAGACGAGAAUAAUCGAACGACACGAGGAGAGCACGAGCGCUAACCAGCGCGAUGGCCUUCGCAAUUCGAAGUAUUCGACGUGGGAGUCGAAGUGCGAAGAGAGGCGCGAGGAGAAACACGAGGAAGAAACGCGCAGCUCAUCCCGAGAGAGCGACACGAAGAAUUUGUCCGACGACGAGGCGAGCUUUCAAAGAACGGACGUCCCAGUGAGCGGAAGUCCCUCGCUCGAGGAUGAGUUAAUCGAUGUUCAAGGACAUGACUCGUCCAGUAGCACCACAUCCUUGAACACCGUGAGGCAUCGUCCAUUGGAAGCAUCGUUGACCGAUAUCAUUGCGAUUGUCCGCGAGACGAGGGAGGAGAACUUCAAAGACGAAGUGGAGGAAUCCCUGAAGCGGAAGCUCACCUUGCUGAAAAAUACGGAAAAAUCCGCCAAUGAAACGACACCGAGAGAGAAUUCGAAAUCGCCUCAGCCGGUUCCUUAUUCGUCUGUAGAGGAUCUCUAUCGUGUGCCAUUGAAGAAAAAGGUCUCAGAAACUCCCGAGAUAGCUACGAAAGACGUGUCGCAGCAACCACCUUCUCUCAGGAAGCUCUGCGUUGAGAGGAUUCUGUCGAUGCCGUAUGGACCGCAAGUGAUAGGUGAGAUCACUACGCCCAAGUUUAACAUCUUCGAGAGUUUGCGGACUCUACAGAGGUUUGUGAGUGACACGCCGGCGCAUCGACAUGAUAACGCCCGACUAAACUCAAUGCAUGGAGUGAGUGAUCGACGGCACGGACUAACGAAAACGUCGGACGAGAGCGAGCGGCCUCGUCCUAACGACAUUACGAAUGUUGUUUCAGACCAGACCAAGUUGCCGAAGAGCAUUAAUAUUGAGUUGUCAGAGUCAGAAAGAGAGAUGGAGACUCGGGAACCACGGUGGCGUGCGCUUGCUACAACGGAUCCCAGGCUUCUGGUGUGCCUGUCGCCGUCGCAACAGGCCACGCAGGUGCGCACGAGUGCCGACACCCUGCUGGACCUUCACCGAAAGUUUUUAAACCGGUACAGUUACCACGAGGAACAGCCACAUAACGUUCCUCUGCCGCAGUACCGAGUUGAGAUCCGUCCGAUCAAAGAGGAGGAUAACGCGGUUUCGAAAACACCUAAGUCGACUACUCGAGCAAUUCAUCGAGACACCACGAUCGAGAGAGAUUCUAAUAGCAGGCUGCUGGAAAUCAUCAAGGAAGAACGAAACGGUCCUCGAAACGAUACACUCGCAGAUCAGCAGACGAAGACGAUAACCGAUGACGCCACAGACGACUCUUUUGGGCACGGGGGUCAAGAAUGUUUCAAGGCCGAGUCUCGGCCGAGCGACUGGAUGAAUCUAGCUAGACACGAUCGCCGUAGCGCCACUGCGAACGAGCUAUUCCUGGCGGCGUCGAGAGGCGAGGAUGGCGAAUCGAGCGGCGAUAAGCCGAACGGUCACGUGGCCUGGUCUGAUCGGCUCAAGAUUGCGACACGUUCCGCCGCCCAGGCUCGUCCGUUGGCGAACAACAACGCGACGAUAAUUCGCGAUUCGGAGCGAUUGUCAGCGAAUAAUAUUAAGUGUCCGGUCGUGUUGAACGGUACCGUUACCGAUCGAUCGAUGGAUGCCACCGGCAAGAGGACGCCGCCUCUCAAGAGAACAGUCGAUCUUGGCAAGCACGUGAAUCCGGCGUUGAUCGACAACAAACUCGAGGUACCUCCGUUGCCGAAGCGCGCGGUCACGGUCGAUAGAUCGUGCAUCGAUACGACGAGUAUCUUCGACCAGAAUCCGCCAAGGAGUCGCUUGGAACCACGAAGAGGACACCAUGAAGCGGAAAAACUGAAACACGUGGCCGCCGUGGAGAUCAUGGAUAAACUGAAAGAGUUUCAGACGGAAACAUCUCGGCGGCUCGACGACGAUAAGAAAGGCUCCUUACCUCAAGAAUACUUCGCUCAGCAAUUGAGAUACAUCGAGCUGUUGGAGGAGCAACUAAAAAACGUGAUAUUAGCGGAAGAGGAGGAAAGAAAGGCUUUCGAGGAAUUUCAAACGCAUUUUCAUCGAACGAAACAAUGUGACGACACGAGGAGAUCGUCUCUCGCUGAUAUUCCCGAAGAAACCUCGAAAAAAAUUAGCAUAAAUCUCGAACGCGAACAUAAAAUUCCGAUCGACAUCCAAGGGAUGUCAGACGGAAAAUAUGGAGAAGAUAAGCGAGCGGAACCUCGAGGUCUCGAGGAGAAAUGCUUCAAAGAGAUCUAUCGAAGCGAGCCGAGAAUUCAAAAAGAAUCUUGGCAAGAGAAGUCACGGAAUAUAGAAAAGAAUCGUACAGAGACGAUCGAUAAAGUAGGCAAUCGGCAGUUUCUGAAGAAGGUGUGUCAUGAGAACGGAGAGGAAUCAUCAGAAAGUAUCAAACAUGAGGAACGUCAUGUAAUCACGCAGAAGGGUAACUUAACGAGAACGGUGGAAAAUGGAACGUUUAAGCCUCGCGAGGACGAAGUUGACGAUCGUUGCACGGAAACGCGGCCGACCACGACACCGAAGAACAAUUCUGAGGUGUUUACCGAAAAGACGACUCAGAACGUUGAAGUGAAAAGACCGACGACACUACCAACGAACGGAGAGGCAUUCCGCCAGCGGAUGUACGACGAGUACGUGCACAAGGUGUUAGAGCGGCAGGAGCGGAAGAGCCACAAAGUCGUGAAGAUCAGUCAGCACGAAGACAUCAAGCGCAAGGAGGAUGGUAACAUGAGUGCGAUGGCAAAAGAAUUCAUCGAGAAGGCACGCAGUCGGCUGAACAAAUUUGGGAUCAAUCUCGACGGGAGCGGGACGGAGCACGAGGAUGAGGAGGGCGAUGCCCUGAUCAACGCGAAAUUCCUAAUUGACGGCAAGGAGCUCCAGGACGUCCGGAAGCUGCCGAAACACCUGCGGGAGUUCCUGAAGAUCUCCACGAUGAGCGACGACGAGGGCGGCGUUUGGUCGCCAGGACAAACGCCAGCUGAGAAGGCACCGAGUUCCGAACGAAGCAAAGAACCACAGAAGAACGAGCCGAUUCCGCCAGUUUGGACUCCUGCCAGCGCCGGCGCGAGCCCUAUCGCUGAGAGGAAGGAAUUUCGUCCUGUGCCAUUCGAGAGUCCUGUACUAAGCCGGAAGAGGCAGCCGAAGGAAGAAACUCUGUUCAAGCAGGCGCCUCCGCCUUGGGAAGGCGAGGACAAGGAGAGUAUCUCGCGAAUCGUGAAUUCGCAUUCGGCACCCUCCCAGGGAUUGAACACGCUCGCGUCUACGCCGCGAUUGCCACGUGCCCAGAAUCCGACCAUCACAUUGCUGCAGAAAGCGCGAGAGGGACAAUUGCCAAAAGGUGCAGCUUACUUGGAGGAAAGCGAUAAUCGGCCAUUGAGCAACGAAAGACCACUAAUCUCUCCGGGAGAGAUAAUCUACACGCUGAAGAAAGAAUACGAGAGCGAGCCGGAAGUGCAGAAUGAACCGCCGAAGAAGAUGGCCGAUCUGGGCCCUCGAAAAUUCGAGGGAAUCGGACCGGUGACUAGGGAAGGUAUCCCUCUCGUGUUAAGAUCGGAAGUCAAGGAAAGCAAUCAAGCAAAAUGGUACAAGAAAAUGUAUGACUCGUUGCACCGCGCUGACAGAAACGAUGACUACGUAACCAUAAAAUACAAAUCAAGAAGAGGAGGGAGAUAUGGAUACGGAAGCGGCAGCGGAUAUUUGAGUGAACCGGAACCGCGUGCAUACUCGGAUCGAUCCGUUACUCUCGAUAGUCGUCGACGGCUGCGCAACAAAGAAAAUGACUUCACCACGGCGACUAUGCCCAGAAAGAAUGGGGCGCUGAAAUACUCGACGGAGAUUUAUAAAAAUCAGCCUGGCCGCAUCGAGGACUAUGAACCAGGGCACUCGUCGAUCGCCGAGAAGGAAGCUAAAGAGUGGUGGGACGAGGUCAUGGACAUAUUUGACGGGUGGCUGAACGAAAACGGACAUCCUCAGCACCCUAGGAUGGAGCCUCUGGGCGAUGGCAUCCGGCAGUCCCGCGUCCUCAGCCUCUCCUACCGACCGGAGGACAGUCCUUUUGAUCAACGCAGUAACGCACGUGCCGCGGCCAAGCCGUACAUAACUCAUGCCCUCAAAGAGUCAGGCUACGAGAGCGACUCGACGCUGGUGUUCCGCCGACGAGAAGAUAUUAGUCCGCUCAGUCUUUUGGAGCAGAGACUUGCAUACAAAACAGUGCAGAGCGGUGGUGACGUACCCCUCCAUGGGCUUCGCAAACCAGCCCCAGAACGUCCAAAGGACGACUCGGAGAUCGAAUAUUUCCCGAUUUCGCCGACUCUAACGAGGAUCCGCGUGCAUCGAAGAAGCGCUUCGUGCACGUCAAGAAUCACUUCGUCCACGACAGCAUUCUCAACGUGGCAUGAGUGGUCGAUAUUGUCUUCGAUCGAUUCAAGAUUCCCGCCACAGGUCAUGAGAGCUCCUCCUCACAGCCUCUUGUCUUCCGGUAGAGCUCUUCCACAAGCUAUGUCGGCGCCAAGGCCUCCUUCACCGCCCCGAAGAAAAUCCUCGCGCCAUAACAGAACCUUGAAGAAAUUAUAUUCGGAGAAUACGCGAUUGAUCGAUAAUUCGUACAUCGCAUAUUCGAAACCCAGGCACGAACAGUGCUUCGCGCAUACCGACAGCGUGUCGAGCAUUAGGUCUCUAAAAGAGAGAUUUUGCAACAAUCUCGAGCGACAUCGACGAAGUCGUGAACAGUUUCAUAGCACAAUUGUACGCACGUCCUCUAGCAGCCCAAUUGCCUCGAAGACCGCCAAAGUGUCUGCUUUGUUCUCCAACACCUUCGGUAAAAGAAAAUCAGAUCCUUGCUUGUCACAAACUCAAUUCGAAGCAAAGAAGUUAAACUUGCCGUCAAGCAGUGCGAGAAAUCACAUUUGUCCCUCAACAUCGCCGGCAUCGAGAAGUAUUCGUGAAUCUUCAGUGAAGCUCGAUAAACUCACAACAGUAAAGGUGCCAUCCAGACACGCAACUUCUGUUAUUACUAAAGUAAGACAGAGAUCUCCGGACAGAACAAAAUCGGAGCUUCUCUCAACUGCAAAGAGAGAGAAACUUCGUUUGACGAAGAAAGAGCAAGAACAAUCUUGCAGGAGGCUAAGCAGAUCACAAGAACUUUCCUCACCAGUGGAGGUCAAGAAAGCUUUGCAGAAAAACAAGGAGAAAGAAACGAGAGACGUGCAGAACAAGAUACUUUCGUCAGGUACUGUAGUAAAGAGCUCGACGAUUUCGUCGGCGAAUAAACAGAAGCGUCCAGUGGAUAAGUCUCUCAAAACUGCAGUUUCGCUCAAGGGACAGGAAGUAUUGCGAAAGACACCUGAACAGCUUACAGCGACGAAAAGGACGUCAAGCGUCCCAUUAAAAUCUCCUGCGAAAAGCGCGCUAUCACAGAUCACUAAGACAGAAUCAAAGAAGACGAAGAUCGUCGCGAAGCCGCCAGAAAAGUUAGUUGUUAGUAAAGAAUCCUUGCGUUCGGUGUCUUCGUCCUGUUCCGAAGUUACCAGUGAAGUAAACAAGAGGAAGCGACCUCGUGAGAAGCCGCACACGAUCGUCAAAACUCCAACAAAGAAGCCGGAGACAAUACGCGUAACUGUGAACGGUGACAGGAAAAAAAUGGAUGCAAGAAGGAAAACACGGAGGGACAAGAGUGUCGAUGAAACGGACGUGAGCAAGACUUUGAACGGGUGGAGGGAGAUGGCCGAGAAGGAUGAGAUCAAAAUACUGAGAAGAAUAGUGCCGAAUGUCGAGCGAGAUCCCAGGACCACCCGCUUGACCGUGGAGGAGAUCAAGAGACAUCAGGAAGCCACGCGCACAGAUACUUUCUUCCAGAAUCUUUUCUUACGAAAUCAUCUGUCGCUCGCACAGUCUCACGAAGAGAACGCAAAGAAGUCUCUCGUCAGCGAACGUGCAAAAAUAUUCCAGGAUGGCGUGAGGGACAGCUUCAGGUCGGAGCCGUCCCUGAAGUCUUUGAGCGUGUAUCUGGCGCACAAACGGCCAGUUUCGAACUCGAAGUUCAAGAACUGGGAGCGCGAAAGUGUGGUCUCGUCUAGGAGCUCAAGUCCGUACGGGGUUUGCUGGCCCGGCCGGUCGGUUCUUCAAAAGAUUGGCAAAUUCGACAGUUUGUUGGGCAUUGAUGACUUCGGCUCGUCCACCACGUUGCGCGCCCGUAGUCCAGAAUCUAUGUCGCGAGAACACGUGAAGGAGCGCAGUCUAAGUGAACCGCCAUUGAAGACUCUGCCUGAGUCCAGAGAGUCUUCGCCAAGAUCUUCUUCGCCGUCUCCGGUGAGAUCGCAGGUGUCUCGACGAACUCAUAUUUCCAAGCAGGAAAACUUAGACGCCUCGCUGAUGAUUACGAAAAAAGUAAGAGCCAGAAGCGCCGGUGAGGCGGAGGACGCCAAAAGGGAGGGUUCGAAUCUAUCAUUGAAGAGCAUCGGUUCAUUAUCGUCCAUGGAUCGCGAGGAUUACCAACAAUAUAUUCUCGAAUUGUUGCACCACAGACGCAAAUCGACACGGUACAAAGAUCUGCGCGACUUCUAUACGAAUCUCAGCAGGAUGGAUCAAUUAGAGCGUACGUUUUCCUCUGGGGAUCUACGACCGCGGUUGAGAAACGAAGAAAUCAUCGAUUAUGAUCGUUGGAAACGGAUUAGAUCGAAGGAAAAGGCGGAACAGGAACUGAAGGCGCUUUAUGGAAAGCUGAAGAACGUUCAGCGUGACAAGGACUUUCUUUUCAGCGCGAAAGACAUUGAUAAAUUUAGGUGGCACGGCGAUUGUGGGCUGCGCUGCAAGGAACGCUCCGUGGAGGAUAUUUUGCAGUAUUUUCGAAGACUUCAGAGUGAAGAAAGCGAGCUGGAAUUCUCCAAGAAAAGAGCUAUCAUGCAGAAGGAUACAUAUAAACCUCUCUGGCGCGGAAAUUCGGUCGUGAAUGUAGCGACUACGAUGCAGAAGAAAGCGAAUGUCAAUUUUCGAGAUACCAGCAAAUCCGUAGAUUAUCAUCCAUCAUUGCAGAGGAGUCUCGGCGGCAGCAAGAAGUUUUGGAGCAGUUUGUCCAUCGAGCAGGUAACCAAUCUAAAGAAGCAAUUGAAUGAAAUUUACGGUAGCGACAGUCCUCAGAAACAAUCGAACGGCGAUGUUGUCGAUGCGCCUCGUGAAAUUAGCGUACAUCAGCAGUCUAUUAAGGAAGAUCUCAUUGUUAAAGAUGAAAAUUUGACAAACUACGAAAUUAUCGUGCCGCCUGAAGACGAUUUUCAGAAUCAUUCUCAAGACGAUUCAAAAAGUCUUCACGUACGAUGCCAUUCGAUGAUAGCGACAAACGAAUUGAUAUUAAAAGAACAGAGUGAUACAGAGGGAAACUUAAAGAAAAGCGAUUCCAUUGGGCGUUUGAAGAGCAUUGAGAGGUCAGAAUCGGAGAGAUCGAUCUCGCCGUCGAUGUCGGAGCUGGAGAAGAAGAGACUGUCGUUGACUCUCGGCAAAGAAGUGCUGGACAGAAUGAUGCGAAAAAGACAAUCCUCGCCUUUAGCACCUCGCGAGACUCGUGGUAGCAUCGCUGCUGCCUUGGCGGCCACGAAGAUCCCGACAAAACCCGUGGCCAGCACCUCCCCCAGGACCUGUUAUUCCCUCGAAGCGCCAUAUAUUGAGGACACGACUAAAUCCAAAGACAAGAGUGACUUCCUGCUGGUGUUAACGCCCAAUAACGAGAGUCCUAGCAACAAGCAGCGCGUAGAGACCGUGCUCGAAGAAUGGUCGAAGAAACCUCCCUUCAAGUUUGCUUCGGGCAGCGAUGGAGACAGCAUGACGGAGAGUUCGGAGACCUCAGUGAGAACGGUGAUCCAGCGGAGCAGUGGACCUGAGACGGAGGAUGUAUCGCGGAAGAUCGAGUUCUUCGAGAACGUUGAGAAAAGAACAGAACAGCAGAAGGAGAUCGUGCCGAUGGCGACAAAGCUACCGUCGUCGCAGAGCUUCGCUGAUCUGAAGGAGCUUUUUGGCGAGUCCGAGUCAGCCAAGUACAGUUCACUCGCCGGUGCUGCCGGCAGGCUCGAUCGCUCGCGAUCGACGUCGCCGCGGGAACGAAAGAUCGACGGCAGCUCACCGACGCUGCCGGAAGCGAUGAGUACACGACAACAACGACAGUCGUUCCGCUCCUGUUCACGGGAGCGUGAACACGACGCGAGGCCGCGUAGCGUCAGUCCGUAUCGCGCGACCACGCGAUCGAACUCGUCCUGCAGCGUGGACAGCGGCGGUGGUUGGCCGCGCAGUUCGUCGCCGGAUCCCGAGAGGUACUGGCGAGCUUAUCUCAACCUGGUGCGGAACGGGACGGUGCGCAGGUUGCGCGCGAGAUUCGAGAGCGCCGAGGAUCUGCCUCGGCGCGUCAGGAUCACCGCCGCGCCGAAGCGCUUUCGCAGCGAUCCGGAAUUGGCGCGGAGCUUGUUGAAGAAGGCGAGCGAAGGAGAAGAGCGUGGCAAUGUCCUGAAACCGCAUGAGCACGUCGAUGUGGCGUGGUUACGCAGGAGAUUUGAGACGACGAAGAAACGACCGCGAGUAGGACGACGAGGCGAGUCACCACCGAUCCCCCGGGUGCCAUUACGCCGGGAGAACCUCUCGAUGCCGCACAUUGACGUCAUCAGCAAGACAGUCGAAUUGAAGGAGCCUCAAGCUACCAGCACUAUCACCAACCACGUGACCAGACGAGCGGAGACGAAGGAACUCGAGGCGAAGAAACCGGUCUGCCGAAUGCGGAAAAGAUUCGAAUCACCGGACAUCGGUGGUGGCCGAACUUCCAUAAUGGGCGAGAUGUUCACGUCGGCGCCGGACGUGCGUGAACUUCGUGACAUCGCGCCCUACCUGGCCGGGAAGUGGGUGGCGCACCGGUAUCCCAGUCGUCGGGACAACAUGCGCUCGUUGUCGUCACCGGCCGACCUCAGGAUUCACCGAGGUACCUCGAAGACACGUUCCUCGUCGGUUGACAAGAGGAAACCGGAACGUCCGCGUGCCACUUCCUCGUCGCCGACGCGACCGCGAACGAUCCCUGCGUCGAUCCUCAAACCGUCACAGCAGACUGUCUUCGCCGGACAACCCUUCGACCCCGACAAGCACAGACCGAGGUUCAGGUACCAACCACCGCCUCCGCCGCCUUCGCCCACCGCCGUGCGAAAGCAUAGAACCUGGUGGCCGACUCUGCCUGUCUACAUGGCGCGACCUACCGUCACCUUCGAAGAAUACUCGAAUGCACCCCCGCCGCCACCAAAAUCCCAGCACUGCAGAGACGAUCGCCAAGAAUCGCCGAGGCGUUAUGUGGAGGGUGAGGUGACGAUUCACUAUCGCUCGCCGGUGCGUACAGAGGCGAAGGAGCCGCUGAGCGAGGAGGAGCUCGCGCGUCGCAGCGCGGAGAACAUGCGGCGCGUCUACCAGGAGGAGCGCCGUCGCAAGUAUCUUCAGGAGUUGCACGACAUCGACUCUCGCAGGCACACGGAUAAUUUCAUACCAUCGCAGAAGUCGCCCAUACCCCUGAAUCGCUACGACGAUUUCGUGGACGAUUUGAGCCAGCGAAGUCGAUCCCAAGAUCAAACACCGGAGCCGCGUCUGGUGGCAAGAGCACUCUACAAUUUCGUCGGUCAGUCGUCCCGGGAAUUGACUUUCCGGCGCGGUGACCUCAUAUUUGUUCGACGACAGGUGGACAAGAAUUGGUACGAGGGAGAAUACAACGCGAUGAUCGGACUGUUCCCUUCCAACUACGUCGAGAUCCUACCGUACGAUGGUACGAUGCGAACGACACCAAAGAAGGCUCACGAGGGACAAGCGCGGGCCAAGUUUAACUUUAUCGCCCAGACCAAUCUCGAGUUAUCCUUGGCGAAAGGCGAAUUGGUGGUCUUAACCAGGAGAGUUGACGAAAAUUGGUACGAAGGACGUAUAGGAAACAGAAAAGGGAUCUUUCCGAUUUCCUACGUCGAAGUUAUCAUCGAACCCGGACAUCGAUCAGAGACACCGAUUCAGAAUAAACCGGUCGCGUCUCCGGCGGCGCACAGUCUCUUAGCAAACGGCUCGUCCGGAGGGAAAAUGAGUAUGGGACCCCAUCAUUACGUGCCGUCCAUCCCGGUCAAUAUCAACACAACCCAGCCCCAUUAUAAUUCACUGCCACGUAUGGGAGGGAGCAAGUUGCAUGUGUCACAACUCAGCGAAACUCUGCAUAUCGACACGCAUUCGGAACCGAUCCCAUACCGGGCGUUGUACAACUACAAACCGCAGAACGACGACGAGCUGGAGUUGAAGGAGGGCGACACGGUGUACGUGAUGGAGAAGUGCGACGACGGAUGGUAUGUUGGUUCCAGUCAGAGAACCGGCUACUUUGGCACGUUCCCGGGUAACUACGUGGAGAGAUUGUGAGGAAGGCCGACGGUCCAGGACGCCACACGGCGCAUCGGGGCCCAAGAUAGCUUUCACCAAAGCACUAAGCGUUAGAAUAAGCACCGAAUUUCUCAACGUUUAACCCAAUCGUUUCUGACAUUACGAAGAUCUCCGCAAGUUACAGCCAGAAGAGACUUUUGUUGGACAAAAUCCUAAUAUUUUUUUAAUUUUCUUUUUUUUUAUUGUAAAAGAAGAACGGACAUGUAUAUAACACUCACGAUUACAACUCCUGCAAUUUUUUACGACGCGCUAUUAUUUACAGGUAAUUAUGUACAAUUUAUUUUACGAUUAUUUCUUUUUUAUGCAA